AUUUGGCACAAAAUCUAGUAAUAUGGUUCGCUAUUGUCGUUUGGUUUUGAAGCACAGUCGGUGUGUGUAUAUAGCAGUUCGAUCGAGGCCUGAAAACGUGCUUUUAGACUUCAAAGAGUCGUCGCGCGUGCGGCACCUGCCCAGGCGCAGGUGUGUUUUUAAAAUGUUUUUGAAGUGGUCCUGACCAGACGGCCCGGCGCCGGGGUGGACAGCGUGCCCAUCCAGAUUUAAGUGGUCUUGAAUGUUUGGGUUUCAAGGGAUUAAAAGUGAUUCAUUCUAAACAAAAGAAAUAGCAAUUAAUAUAUCGUGAAAUUUAAUUCGAAGAAGACGCAUUUAAAAUGACCCAUUUGGCGCUUAAAUUCAAAUCUAUUGAUCAGCAUAUAUUUUGUUACUUAAUUUAACCUUCUUUUUUUAUGCUUAAAAGUAGGUGUUACAUCUAAAAGAUGCUGUUUAUAUAAAGAAUAAACCAUCUGAGUACCAAAUCAUCCUCUAUUGUUUAGGUUUUAUUUUGAAAGUCUUUAAAUUUGAGACAAACUGAUCUAAAUUGUUUUUCCAAAAAUGUCCUCGGUGCAGAAAACAGUAGAUGCCCGGAGCGCACACCUCGACUGCUUCGACAUGUGGCACGACUACAUGAACUUGAGCGCGCUCCUCUGUGCGCAAAGGCUGCGCAACCCCGAGGAGCCCAAGCAGGAGCCAGCGGCCCAGUUGCGCAUCAUCCGGACGCAGAGCUCCGCAGAGACCGACUCGGUCAGCAGCCUCUCGGACACCAGCAGCGGCGGGAGCCCCGCAGAAUACUGCAGCUUCUGCAAGCAGAACGGGGAAACCAAGCGGGUCUACCGCUCGCACGCGCUCAGGUCGGGCGACAGGAAGGUCACCUGUCCCAUCCUCCGAAACUACACCUGUCCCAUCUGCGGAGCCACUGGAGACCGCGCACACACGCGCAAGUACUGCCCGCAGGCGCGGAGAGAGGAAGCUGCGAGGAUGCUGCCCUCCUACAAGUUCUGGUGACUGAUGCUGAUCCCACUGGAGAGACUUUAUCACCAUCGUUGACACAAUGUUUUCAGUUUAACACCAAAGGAGAAGCCAACUUACUCGUUAAAACUAUUGCAGUUCCAUGUUUGGCUUUAAAAUCUCUGUUAUCCAUCUGCAGCUGAAUAAGAUUUCCAACUUUGAAAACAUUUUUUCUAUUUUUUAUGAUUUUGUAAAACCGAGCAUGUUGUGUUUUUAUGCAAAAUGUUUUAUAUAUUUAUAUUUUUUUUCAAGUUUUUUAUUGAAGCAACAAUAAAUCGUUUUUAAAAUACUUCUCAGAAGUUUUAUCUUUUUAAAAUCUUCAACCACAAUGACAUCAUAUUUUCCCGCAUGUUUGAUUGUACUUGAAUUAAGGUGUGGAGAUGUAGCCUAUAUAAAAAAAUAUUUAUACUCAUGUAAAGAUUAACUAACCAUUUCAUAACUGUGUUUGAGAACACACAAAAAAUUCCUGUGAAAUCAUUUUUGGAGCCUUUGACAAACAGAAAAAAAAAUCUGGAAUGCUAUGUGGCAAGUGCUGCUAUUUCCUAAAAAAAAUAGAAAAAAAAAACGCUUCUCUUAAAAAAUGUGUUUUAGCUUGAUUUUUGGGGAGUUUUAUGCUCAUAUCAAGGCAUGUUAUUUACCAAAUCUUCAAAGUUUUUUUUGUAUUCAGCAGUUUUUUUUAACUGAUGAGAAUAAAUGUUAAUCAUCAAGAAUCCCAAAAAAUAUGAUUUAUAACACAAAAGAGUUUUUACUUAUAUUAUUAAUUUUAAAAAAUAUUGCUUGGUAAGAAAUACAUCAAUUAGCAUUUUUUAUUUAAUCUCACAUUUUAAAAAAAAUAUGUU